AUGGACAGACGACUGAGCAGGGCCAAUUGGUCCACCAAGAACGCGAAAAAGACGUUCACACCGGCGCAGGUCUCUGCCCCGAUUAUAGAAAAGGCCCCUGCUGCGCCCGCUGCGCCGGCACAGAAACCGUCGCCGAAGCAGAAGCGGCCGCACAAGAUCGACAAUAGCGGUGUCAACAGACGGUUCUCGGUGAAGCUGAACCCGCAGGAGGCCCAGUCGGCCCAGAAGGCCGCGCUGGCGCAGUUUCCUCCGCUGCCCGAAGGCGCCGAGGCCGCCGUGAGCGAGACUCGCCAGCAAACAGCGAUAGACUCGAGUGCGCUACUGUCUGAUCUGUCCGCUGAGUCGUUCGACGCGGUGCCGUACGUGCAGGGGUAUCUCAAAGACGCGACCGCGGCCAAGAUCGACCAGUUUGCGCGCGACCUGGGCGACCUUGCGUCGUCCAACGACAGCGAUGUCAAGCGCACCAUCACACAGUCGUAUAACCAGGUGCUCGCGGUUUCUCGCACCAUGGUCGAAGCAGAGGGCGUGCUGGAGGAGCUGAAGGGUCCUGUGAUGAAGCUGAACGAGAUUCUGAGCUCGCAGGCUGAGGAGGCGCAGGAGAAAAUGGACAACGGCAGCAACAGGGACAAUAGACGUAGCGUGCUACUGCUGGAGAAGAAGUGGGCCUCGAACCUCAACUCGCUGUUCAAGGAGGUGGAAGGGGCGCAGAAGCUCGUGUCUGCGAUCCCAGGCCGCCACGUCGUGGCGGAGUCGAGACGCUGGGGCGAGCUCAACGCCAUCACCUGCAAGCCGAUCCGGCCGGCACAUCUGAUCAUUUUGAACGACCACCUGCUCCACGAUGGAGCUGGAAAAGGCCAAACAGAGGGAUUUGACAGACAGCGUGAGCAGGCUCUCUGUGACGCACGAAAGACUCAGCAAGAACUCCGACUACCUGCACGACCUGACCACGAAGCUGAACCACCGCCGGUCGCGGUCGUUGGACCUGAACGACAAAAACUCGACGCAGAACCUGAACACCGUAGACGAGGGGCUGAUGAACAUAGAGCUGUACAUUGGGCACCACAAGUACGUGGAGGCCGUCGGCUUCCUGACCCGCGUGAGCGGCCAGAUCGACCGGCUGCAGAGCCAGAGUCCCGACGAGCAGUUUUCGCUGCUGCUCAAGCUGAAGAAGCUCAAAUGGGAGAACCUCAGGGAGAAGCUCGUGAAGCUGCUGUCCUGGGAGAUCAGCAACCCGCUGAGCUCGAGCAGAGAGAUCGUGGAGACGGUGGACCUGUUCCAGAUGAUACACAUGGAGGAAAAAGCGCGAGAUCUGGUGCUGGAGGCGAAGAGCAGGCAGCUGGACAAGCUUGUGAGCCAGCUCAAGUUCGAAGGCGACGUGAAAAAAUACAUACUGCAGAUGUCGCCCAUCUACUUCACCUUCAUCAAGAACACGUAUCUGCUGUACGAGCAGUGUUUCCGCGAGACGGGACAGAAGGUGAUUUUCGUUGGGUGGUUGAACGAGAAAAUCGCUGCCUACAACAAGCUGUUCAGGCGGCAGCUGAUCGACUACAGCGAGCAGUCGGAGCUCUACCAGAGUUGCGUAAAGAUUAG